AUGCUGCUGGGCGCCCCGCGCCUCCUGGGCCGCUGCCUGGGGCUGCUGCGCCCGCUGCUUGCCCGCGGGUACCGCGGCGAGGCGGACAACUAUGAACGAAUGAAGGCACUGGUAACUGAGCUACAAGAAAAAGCAGAAAAAAUCAGAAAUACUUUUCUCUCUCAUAAGCUUUUUUUUAAUUUUAGGACGGAAUGCUUGAUUGUUGCCAAUGAUGCAACUGUCAAAGGUGGCACCUAUUAUCCCAUCACUGUUAAGAAACAUUUGCGUGCUCAAGAAAUUGCAAUGCAAAAUCAUCUCCCUUGCCUUUAUUUGGUUGAUUCAGGAGGAGCAAACUUACCUCGGCAAGCAGAAGUAUUUCCAGAUCGAGAUCAUUUUGGCCGUAUUUUCUAUAAUCAAGCAGUCAUGUCCUCACAAGGAAUUCCACAGAUUGCAGUAGUCAUGGGAUCCUGUACAGCAGGAGGAGCAUACGUACCUGCAAUGGCUGAUGAAAGUAUUAUUGUUGGCAAACAGGGAACAAUAUUCCUGGCAGGGCCACCUCUGGUUGAAGCAGCAACAGGUGAACAGGUAUCAGCAGAGGAUCUUGGAGGGGCAGAUCUUCACUGCAGAAAAUCUGGUGUAACAGAUCAUUAUGCUUUGGAUGACAAUCAUGCACUUCAUCUGGCAAGGAAAGUUGUAAGAAGUUUGAAUCUCCAGAAGAAAGUAGAUGUGACUAUAGAACCAUCAGAAGAGCCUUUAUUUCCAGCUGAUGAAAUAUAUGGAAUAGUUGGUGAUCAGCUAAAAAGAAUUUUUGAUGUCAAAGAGGUCAUUGCUAGAAUUGUAGAUGGAAGUAGAUUUGAUGAAUUCAAAGCCUUGUAUGGGGAUACUUUAGUUACAGGAUUUGCAAGAAUUUUCGGUUACCCAGUAGGAAUUAUUGGAAACAAUGGAGUUCUUUUCUCAGAGUCAGCGAAAAAGGGUACACAUUUUAUCCAGUUGUGUUGCCAGAGAAAUAUUCCCAUUGUGUUUUUGCAGAAUAUUACAGGUUUCAUGGUUGGCAGAGAAUAUGAGGCUGGAGGGAUAGCAAAAGAUGGUGCCAAGAUGGUAACUGCUGUAGCUUGUGCCAAUGUACCUAAAAUAACCGUCAUUAUCGGUGGCUCUUAUGGAGCUGGAAACUAUGGGAUGUGUGGAAGAGCAUAUAGUCCAAGAUUUUUAUAUAUGUGGCCAAAUGCUCGCAUAUCGGUGAUGGGAGGGGAACAAGCUGCAGCUGUUCUAGCUACAAUAGCUAAGGACCAAAAAGCAAGGGAGGGAAAACAGUUGUCUGAAGCAGAUGAAGCAGCUUUGAAGGAGCCAAUCAUUAGGAGGUUCGAGGAGGAAGGAAACCCUUAUUACUCCAGUGCAAGAUUAUGGGAUGACGGAAUUAUUGAUCCAGCUGACACAAGACUGGUUUUGGGCCUCAGUCUCAGCGCAGCACUAAAUGCACCCACCAAGAAGACAGAAUUUGGAGUUUUCAGAAUGUAAACUUAAACAUGUGAUCAUCAGAAUUACCUCUGUAUAUUUUAUUUGGGGCUGGACAGCAUAGUAGCUACAAUAUUGUGGUGAUUAAAGAUAAAGAUUUCUGAGAUGCUAUUUUAAAUGAAAUUUUCAUCAUUAUUUUCACUGACUGUAAUUAUCACACAGUGCUUCAGCUUUUUGAUAGUUAUUUGAGAUUAGUCAUUUAAGUGCUUAUAUAACUGCAUUUCAUGAAUAAAUUGCAAAUUCUAUCAUUGUUCUUCAUGUUACAUGAAACUAUUGAUACUAUCUCUUGUAUAAAUAAAUGUACAAAAAUAAGCUACA